AGAUGGGCUUGGAGGAAAUGUGGGGCUUUAACCGACAAACAAUAGCGCUCCUGCAAAUCGCAUUACCUCAAGUCAAUUUUAUUGCGUUUCGGGGAGCGGACCAAGUGGGAGAGACUUCCUCGGCAGACUUAUUUUACGCCCCCCGAAGGCCAGAAAGCAGCGAAAGAAGUGUAACUGGAUCCGCCGCCGUCGCCCUGCUCCCCGGUGAAUAAUCUCCAGGACUGUGAUAUUGGCUGAAGGUCCGUGUAAACGCGGCUUGUAAAAGGGUUCCACCGUGGUUGGUCGUAGUGUAUAGAGAGGAGCCCCCUCAGCUCUCCAGGCUCCUCAGCCAUGGCUCUGCUGGCCUACCUGAAGAGCCUGUUCAUCCUGCAGCUGCUGAUGGGCUUUGUGUUUGUGGUGAGCGGCCUCAUCAUAAACUUCAUUCAGCUGUGCACCUGCGUCCUCUGGCCGAUCAACAAGCAGCUCUACCGCAGGAUCAACUGCCGGCUCUCCUAUUCCCUCUGGAGCCAGCUGGUGAUGCUGCUGGAGUGGUGGUCGGGCACAGAUUGCACCCUAUACACCGACCAGGCUACGGUGGACAAGUUUGGCAAGGAACACGCCAUCAUCAUCCUCAACCACAACUUCGAGAUCGACUUCCUGUGUGGCUGGACCAUGUGUGAAAGAUACGGCGUCUUAGGGAGUUCAAAAGUGCUAGCUAAACACGAGCUACUGAAGGUCCCUCUAAUUGGCUGGACCUGGUACUUUCUAGAAAUUGUAUUCUGCAAAAGAAAGUGGGAGGAGGACCGAAAUACUGUCUUCACAGGACUGGGAAGGCUCAAAGACUAUCCUGAAUACAUGUGGUUCCUGCUGUACUGCGAGGGAACCCGCUUUACAGAGAAGAAGCACCAAAUCAGUAUGCAGGUUGCAGAGAGUAAAGGCCUCCCCAAACUCAAAUAUCACCUCUUACCCCGAACCAAAGGAUUCACCACCACACUGCACUGUCUUAAGGGCACAGUAACCGCUGUGUACGACGUGACUCUUAACUUCAAAGACAACCAAACCCCGACUCUCCUGGGCAUCGUCAAUGGCAAGAAAUACAAAGCCGACAUGAGCGUAAGGCGCUUCCCUGUGGAGGAAAUCCCAGAUGAUGAGCAGGAGUGCGCCAACUGGCUGCACAAGCUCUACCAGGAGAAGGAUGCCUUACAGGAAGGGUACAACAAGGAAGGCAAGUUCCCCGGACCCACGAUCAUCCCGCCUCGCCGGCUAUGGACGCUGCUCAACUUCCUGUUCUGGGCCACCCUGCUGCUCUCGCCGCUCAUCAAAUUCGCUUGUGGCGUGGCCGUCAGCGGCUCCCCUCUCCUCAUCAUCGGCUUUAUCAUCUUCCUCAUCAUAGCCUCCAUAGCUAUCCGCCGCCUCAUAGGGGUCACCGAGGUGAAGAAAACAGGCUCCAGUUACGGCGACCAGGAGGCCAAGAAACAAAACUAAAGUGUGUCACCCCCUCCCGUGUAUGGCCGUUUGUGCACGGUCGCCCUGCGGUGUCUCACCCCUACCCAACUCCAUUCUCCUCCUACUGUUGAGUCAGUUGGUAGGCUGGGGAGGAGACCCAGCUGUGAAAACAUAAUAGAGACCAGAGUUAAAAAUUUGUAAUGGCACUAGAGCGAGAGAGAGUACAGAAGGUCUGGGGUCCAAGUUCUCUGGUGAAUCACAGAACAUAAGGAGGGGGAGAUGCAGUACAGUAUUCCCCUGCAUCUUUCUUAAUCCAGCUAGCCCCCAUCCAAGUCCCAUUCAAUCUCAGUAACACCCGACAUGUCUGAGGUCACAUGGACCACCAUUCAGCCCAUUUUUUCUUUUCUGCUCUGCACCAACUACCUCCACUUCCUGUCACAGUCAUCAGCCAACCAGGGAGUGGGGGGACAUGCUGAUUCUUUUGACCCCCAGUAUCCACAUUUUCUAUUCUCAACCUCUAUCCAGGGGCAGCGUUUUUCCGGUACAGCCGUCUGUAACAUGCAGGACGUCUCCCUUCCUUUUUCUCACUAAGUGGGACUUGUAAUGGGAAUCGGUGCCUUGAGGCCCAGCCUGCUUUUCCUUAAUGGGGUCACUUCACCCAAAUCAUGCAAAACUUACCAUCUUACCUUGACGCAUGUAGCCAGGCAGGUAGCUGUGGUGAUUAUAUGGCGCAGGUCUGAGGUGUCUGCCGCUCAGAUUUGAGCUGUUAUGCCGGGACAGUGAAGGUGAAUCAGCUUUUACUGCUGCUGAAAUCAUCAUAAAAGAAAAUUAACAGCAGACGCUAUAUGUUGAAUGUAAAAGUGAAACUGUUGGUGUUGUUUCUAGGGAUAGACAUUUAAUAUUUGGGUUUAAUUGUUUGAACAGCAGCAGUGAGAUGCAGUUCGUUUUCAGUGUCCUGGCGUAGCAGCUGAAGUCUGUGGGCAGGGAUCUCAGAAGUCCACAUUAUCUGUAAGGCUAGAUAGCAAGCAGGUGAAUCCUUUUUAUUUGUGAUCUUGGUGUGCUGACCCCUUAACAUCCUGGUUUGGAGAGGCUGGUGUCUGUUCAACCACAGCAAGGGCUUUGAAUGUGAAAACCGUCCUUAUCAAGGAAACCUACCAUCUGUUACAGGUCUCAUUUGUUGCCCGCAGCACCAAAACCCUCCAGACACAUCAACACACGUCAUCCAUUUCUAAUCAGACAUCCUCCAACCUUCUAGACGUGACGUUAAUUCAACCAGCAGUCCCAGUCCAGUCACCCAAACAGCCCAACGCACCACCCCGAUGCCGGUCACGACGGUCGAAACGCAGCUCACCGUCGUUUGAUGUGACGGAGCUGGAAUCCAGAAAAAGGUCACCAACUGUGUUCAUGUAGCCGCGCAGCUGUUAGCGUAUUAUGUUGCUCUCCUGAUAGCGACGUUAGAAGAUGAUAUUUUAACCUUUGCCUUAAAUCAAGCUUGCUCAGGCAAGGGAUUGCUUAUUCGCCACCCCUUUAAAAACGGCGCCCACCUCUUACCUCCGUUAUGUUUGAUCACUGAGCCGCUCUUCCUCCCGUUACGCAUGGUGGAGCAGCAUGCGUUCAUUUGGUGCGAUUACCGUCAUGAGUGAAUAGUUUAAACACCACUUUGGAUCUUUAAAGUGGAUGUUGGUUUAGUUCUGUGGCUGUGUUCACUGUGGAGCUGAUGUCAGCGCAGUGACAUCACAGUUGCAGUUUCACACAUUUCACAAUUUUAGAGUCGCUUAUCCCAGAGUUGAUUGUUUUUAAUGGCGUCUCAGUAAACGUUGGCUGCUGCAGUACUGGAGUAAAUCUCUUCCCCCCUCCUCAAUGUGACGCCCCACAUUUCCUUGUCCAAGAUGCAAAUAAUGGUAGCAAGACGUGGAGGGGACGUUUUGGUUCACGCUCUCUCCUUCCCCUUCCCGUGCCACAUGUAGAAUUAAUCAUACGUUUUGUUUUGUUGGCUUAAUUUUUUUUGGGAUCAUCACUCCCCAGCAGCAGCAGCAGCAGCGAUCUGUUGUGUUCUUCGUCUUUCUUGUAGUUCUUACAAACCAGACAGAUUUCAUGCAAGCCUUAAUUAGUGCUGCUUCGUUUUGUUGUGUGAAGAUGUAGAAGCUGACCCCUGUGGUAGUGAAGGACUGAGAGUUGUGUUCACCAGUACAGUAGGCAAGUUGUUGGGAUUAGCCGCCAGCAAGUCACUUGCUCUUAAGUUUUAACAUAAAGAAAUUAAGACAAAUGAGAACGAACAUAGUCGAAAGAUACCGUUUCUAAUUAACCCACGUUUUUUACACGAAGGUACUUUGAGUUGCGUUACCUCAGAUAUUUGUGGAGAGCGUUAGGAUCCUUGUAGUUCUUUUAUAAGAUCUGUUUUCUCUGAAAUCCAACAAACAUCAGAUGAAGAUGCAGUUCAACCCAUCCCAUCAUUCAGCCAGAAUCCUGCUCACACGUUCAGAGUAUUUGGAAAAACUUUUUACACUGGAUGUUUUUUUCUGCUUGUUGUUUUUUAAUUCCGUACAUGAAUCAAACUACUGCUACCUUGUGGUUGUUUUCUCCCCUCUACGAAAUUCUUGAAUCGAAUCAAAUUGACACGGCUUUAGAUGCUCCACUUUUUAAAACCUCAACGAUAAUUCAGUUAGUGGCACCUCUAGCAUCGGCUUUUGUUUUCUACGGCUAUUUUUAUGUUUUUCUUCGAUUUAAACACUUGAGAAUAUUAAAGGAUUUAAUCACAAAGCAACUCUCACUGGUUUGACUUCUUUGGAUUUCGUGUGAGUUUCUCUGUGCACACAGCAGAGGAGGUGAACCGGAGCGUAGCCCGGUUUGAUGGCAGGGACAGGCCCAGUCGAACCAUCUCCUCCUUCCAUCUUCUCUCCAUGAACAGAACCAUUCCCACAGAGGCACACUGGCAUUCAUCCUCCUCCAUUCAUCACCACACGUCCACAACGCUCAACUGAAAAACAGCAGAAAGUCACACGAGUGUGACGCCAUGUGUGUGAACUGUGUAAACUGAAAAUAUGUACAUAACAAAUGAUGAAUGUCACGCUCACUUUUAGAAAAUUAUAGAGAUGUACUUAGCUGCUCUUUAGACCUUUUGAAUGACACAUUAACUGAGAGUCCAUCACAUGUCCGCCGGGACGUUGUGGACGUAUCGUCACUGGAUGCGUGUCGGGACGUUGAGAGACUGUAAAAUUUGUAAAUAGUGUAAAUGAUGACUGACGCUCAGUUUUAGAAACGACAGAGACGCCCUUCUGUCCUUUUACAGUAGCUCUUCUAAAUGACGGCACCAUGAUUUCAGGCUACAACCAAACUGAGGGAGAAGCUACAGCAGGAGAAGACUUAAACUGAGCUGUCCUCCUGGGUGCAGUUUACAUCUGCAGAGGUUACUAUAUUCACCACUACGAAGCUGUAAAUACCUCCAGCGACGCCUCUCUUCUGAUUAAAACCACGGACAGAAGGCUGUAGUCACAGACGAUGCUAACGAAGCAGUUUUCUGACUUUGUAAUUAAUCAUGGUUUCCUACUGUAGUCACUUACUUUUUGCAUGAUGUGCAUUAUUGCACAGUCACUGAAUCGAGUUAAUUCUGACUCAGGGACUCUUUUACAGACUGGCAAUGCAACAGCUGUGGCAUUAACUCUGAAUUUGAAUCUGAAUAAAAAGGCUUUCUGGGAAG